AUGACAUCCUUGAGUGAGAUCUCUGGACCACCCAUUGAUAACGAUACUCGCUGUCUGAUAAACCGGUUGGAAGAGGUCGUCAAAUCUCAUCCUGACGCCGUGGCAUUGAUUUGCGCCCACGAGGAUCCUCGUCGGUACGAACUGGGCGAUGUCCAACAAAAUGAUGCCACCACGAAUGUAUCAGCGGCUUUUGCACAGUGGACGUAUGCGCAAUUAUACACUGAGGUUGAACGGAUUUCCCACCGACUCGAGAACCUGGGACUAGCGAGUGGAUGUCCGUUAUUCACCGUGCUGGGAAAUAGCGUGGAGCAUGUGACGACCACAUGGGCCGGAUAUAGACUGGGCUGUCUCCAUGUUUCAAUAGAUCCCAGAAGCUUGAAGAACGCAUCUGAGGCUCGCCACAUGAUUGAGACAGUCCUCGCGUUUCAAAAAAAUCAAUAUAUGGCCGUCGUGGUGAAAGACAGACAAACGGCUACCCAGUUCGAUGAGUUAUUUCCCGACAUUGAAUGUGUGAAAAUUCAAAUCGAAGGAGGAAACGGCCCGUGGAUUCCAUUCUACAAUCGUAUGCAACCGAGUGCAUCAACAUACGAGCCAAAAUUUCUGAGCGGAGAGACCCGCGAGUCACGGAGAGAAACUUCAGUCUUUUUUUCCAGCGGUACCACUUCGCUCCCAAAGGCAUGUCUUGCGGAUGUAGCCUCAUGGGUCAGCGCACUUGAGACCAGGAUAAGUGCUGCAUCGGCUUUACCAGGUGAUAAAGUCAUGGUGCUCGUGUCUAGCAGUCAUGCUUUUGGGCUGAUGGGCAUGCUAAUAACCCUUACCCGCGGGGCCACACUCGUCUACUCCUCCGCUACAGGAUUUGAUGCCGAGUUGACAAUGAAGUUUCUGCACACAGAGCAAUGCGCAUACUUGAUCAUGGUCUCGGCCUUGGUACACGCGUUUGUCGCAGCCAAUCCCUCUACUGGCAACGUCAUCAAGCCCUUGAAAGCAGUCAUAUUUUCCGGCAUGAGCCUUGCCACUGCAGUAGCCAAAGAUUUCAAAGCAGCGUUUCCUACAGAUCGUGUGGAGAAUAUCUUUGGCAUGAUUGAGGGUGUUCAUGUUUCUACGGGGCCGGUGGAAGACAUUGAAUCGAUCUCCCAAGAUGACCAUCUCGCUUCAGGAGUGCCAACGUCCGGCGCCAGAGUCCGCAUCUGUGCCCCCGGGAAGCAAUCCCUCGUUCCCCUCGGCACACCAGGAGAGGUGCAUUACAGCGGCUUUCAAACAUCCAAAGGAUACAUCGGAUUAGAAACCAAAGACUUCUACAAAGACAAGGGUGGCUCGUUGUGGUUCAAUACCGGCGACCAGGGAGUCAUUCACAAUGGUCAACUCUACCUCGUUGGUAGAUAUAAGGAGUUGAUUAUCCGAGCUGGAAAGAAUUUAUCUCCUCCAGCCAUUGAAUCAACCUUGAACCAGGUGCCAGAGCUUUCUGUCUUCAAUCCACAGGCCAUUCCCUUCCCGGAUCCGGUAGCUGGAGAAGUUCCAGUGAUUGUAGUGAAUCAACACAUCAGUGACGACCAAGUUCGACAAAUCACCAAAAUGAUUCUGGUCAAAAUGGGACCAGUCUAUGUUCCAACUAAUAUCAUAUCGGUGCAGACACUCGGGCUGGAGGACUAUCCUCGAACCAUCUCCGGAAAGGUACAAAAGACGAAACUGGCAGCCCUUGUACGUCAAUAUGAAGAUUCAUUGUGUCAGUGCACUACCAUGGCCAAAUCAACUGGUCUGAGAGAUAGAGUGGUGCGUAUCUGGGCGGGUACCUUUGGAGUCACUUCUGGUGAUCUUGAUACACAUGCGAAAAUUCUGGAGCGCUGCGACAGCAUUACUUCCAUGAAAAUUCAUGCCCGAAUCCGACGUGAAACCGGCAAGGAAAUUUCUUAUUCUGCCUGGGCUACUGCAGGUACUAUCGAUGCCCAGAUCAAGUUGCUUGAAGAUGCUCCUGAGAAAGUUGCCAAAGGCAAGGAAGAACUCUUAUCUACCAGUUUGCGACAAGGGGGCCCAGCUGCAGUGGAUAUGGUCCAUCUCAUGGCCAAUCCCAGCCGAUUCCAGGCAACCCGGCAAAUGGUCGAGGAGGCGAUUGCACCCAAUCAACUCACUUGGGAUGAUGUGGAGGAUGUAUUUCCAACGACAGACUUCAUGGAUAUAAUGGUUCAAAAUCACCUUAUCGAAAGCUGGGAGUUUUUUGUUGAAGUAUUGACAAUGAAUGCCGACCGUCAGCAUCUACGUUCGUCUCUUGAAAAAGUGCUUUAUGUUCACCCCAUCCUGCGUUCUUUUAUUGUUGCCGAUCAACAAGCUGCUGAUCGGGCUCUCCAUGUUACCAUCAAGUCAUGCAAAAGCGUACUAGAUCAGUGCAUCGUGGAUUAUGGAGAUGUCGAUAGUGUCAAUGAUUUGCGGAAACUCACACUUGACUUUCCACAGGAGCACCGCCCAAGGUUUCCCGGUCUUCUUUACCGAGGCCUUAUCGUCUUUGUUAGAGAGACAAAUAGUGCGGCCCUGAUUUCCGCCUUUUCCCAUGCCGUGAUGGAUGCGACAUACCAUCAAAUCUUUGUAGAUGACCUUGAUCUUGCUCUCGGCGGACAUACUGUCCAGGCCCAUGUCUCGUUCAAAGCGUGGAGCGAUGCGCAUUACGUUCUUGGGAGCUCCCAGGCUGCUCAACCUGCUCUGGAUUAUCACGCUGGUGAGAUGGAGCUCCUCCGUUGGCCCGACAAGCAGCCUGCUAUCUGGCCAUCCCCUGCAAGCGCUGUUUAUGUCUCCCCUGAUCGUGUGAACGAAGGUCUUCCUUUGCUGACAAUACCUCUUCCGGGUAUUUUGGGUUUGCGACGCGCACACCCCGACCUUGCCUUGCCAAUCGCCCCCAAGGUAGCGCUAGCCCUUUUAGCACUUCAUCACACGAAGACCACUUCGGCCCUCAUGCUCAAUGUGGAGAUGGCUCGCUCAGGUUUCCCUUUCCUUCCCUCGUCUAUUGCAGGACUGGGCUCUUUCAACGCGGCAGAUGUUACAGGUCCCACGAUCGCAGGAAUCCUCAAUGUAAUCGGUUAUGAUCAUGAUGAGACAGUUAUCGAGAUGUUACAUCGUGCUCAAGAGCAACAAAUCAAAAUCACUCAACAUGCCAACGCACCGUGGCAAAGAAUAAUGCAGCAAAACUCCGACAUAAGGGACCUGUUUCCGAAAGUGGCCGACGCUCUGGUCUUCAAUUGGACUGGCGCAAACGGGUUUUCACAGGAGACUCUUGGAAAUCUCCAAGAAAACGUGAAAAUCAGCUAUUUGUACUAUCGGCCUAAAACUGGGUUGACGAUGGAUGUUGGCCUCGGAGGCAAGGAUGGCACAGACAUGAUUGUCAGUCCAACCGGGGCAAUCUGGAAUGAGUCACCAGAAUCAAUCUACAAACUUAUGGCUGGCUUUGGUCGAAUUGCUACGUGGUUGGUUGAUGAGAGGAACUGGGAUCGUCCAGUGGAAGACUUCCCUGAAUGUCUAGUGGACUGGUAG